AUGGGAAGAGCAGAGGAGGAGGAGAGUGAAGACUACUUCUCAUUACAUCACAAACCUUUGAUCUCUUCGGAUUCCUCACGAUUGGAGCUUAUAAAUAAGCGUUUAUGCGAACUGGGUCGUGGUGGGAUCGGAGUGGUUUACAAGACGAGCCUCCAGGAAGGGCGUCCUGUGGCAGUCAAGAAACUGACCGACUCGGGUCUGAUCAAGUCGCAGGAGGAGUUCGAGAGAGAGAUGAGAAAACUCGGCAAACUGAUGCAUAAGAAUAUCAUUGAGAUCAAAGGGUACUACUGGACGCAAUCUCUGCAGCUCCUGAGCUAUGAGUUUGUCUCAGGGGAAGCUUAUACAGACAUCUCCAUGGGGACGACGAUAGGUCUUGCUUAUCUGCACAGGAGUAACAUCGCUCACUACAAUCUGAAAGCAACGAACGUAAAGAGCACGUUGGGGUACACAGCCCUGAAGUUUGCAUGCCGGACGGUCAAGAUAACAGAGAAGUGCGAUGUGUACGGGUUUGGGAUCUUGGUGCUGGAGGUGGUAACGGGGAAGAGGCCGGUGGAGUAUGCGGAGGACGAUGUGAUGGUGCUGAGUGAGACGGUGAGAGAGGGGUUAGAGGAAGGGAGAGUGGAGGAAUUCGUUGACGGUAGGCUGAGAGCGAACUUUCCGGCGGAGGAGGCAGUACCAGUGCUAAAACUAGGGUUGGUAUGUGGGUCCUAA